AUGUCAGAAUACGGCUUCAGCAUGAGCCUGCUGCUCAUCCUAUUAGCUGUUUUAGUUUUUACAUUAGCUGGUUGUGUUUUGUAUUCAGGACUCCUCACAGACAUCACCGUGCAAACUUGCUCUUCGUCCUUAAAAAAGAUGACAUUCGCAUACAGGUUUAAAGAAGGAGCGUACAAACCCAGCGGACAACUUUUGAAGGAAGCUCGGCGUGUUGGAGCAACAGGGCUGUCGUGUAUCGUGGUGUUUUAUGACGAGCCCAAACAGAUACCUGGACCACACUGUCGCCACGCCGUUGGCUGUAUUCUUAGUGAGGGAGAAAACCAAGUUGACGAGGAACUUUUAAAACGCUGCAAGGCAUCUGGUUUUAAUGUGUUUUCCUUCCCUGAAAUCACACAUGUGGUCACAACCUCAAUCCCUCAUCGGGCUUUUUUCUCCACCAUCCUCAGGGUGAGAAGAGUCUAUCCACAGCUUGAGCAAUACAUAAAGGAAAGGAGGCUCUGUGCACAUCCAUUCCUUGAAAUCUACAAAGAUGGCCAGAUCCAGUUCAUCGUCCCCUUGGCUCGGCAGGUUGAUUUUUAUGUGCCUGAAGUUCGGCAGGUGGAAAAAAGGCUGUCAGAACCAGAGGAAUCUCACAGCGAUACAGACAUCUCAGGUGCAGACUCCAACAGUGAAUACAGCUCAGGGAGCGGGGUCCUCCUGUCAGACAGCAGAGAGACGUCACCGGUGGCGUCGUCUGUCCACAAAGGGAGGUUCUCCAGAGGAAGCUCGUCUAAAGAUCUGGACUGGGACUGGACUGCUGGACACCAAGAGGAGAGACAACAUGGAGACUCCAAACAGGAGAGCAUGAAUGUUCCAACGCAGCGGUUGUUGGGUGUCGUUGAAGGAGAGGAGUGAAGGUUU